CAAGCCAGGGCGAGACAGCCCGCCGGCCGCCCGGAUCUCCACCUGCCACCCCAGAGCUGGGACAGCAGCCGGGCUGCGGCACUGGGAGGGAGACCCCACCGUGGCCUCUUCUGCCACCCACGCCCCCACCCCUGGCAUGGCCGACCAGCUGACUGAGGAGCAGGUCACAGAAUUCAAGGAGGCCUUCUCCCUGUUUGACAAGGAUGGGGACGGCUGCAUCACCACCCGCGAGCUGGGCACGGUCAUGCGGUCCCUGGGCCAGAACCCCACGGAGGCCGAGCUGCGGGACAUGAUGAGUGAGAUCGACCGGGACGGCAACGGCACCGUGGACUUCCCCGAGUUCCUGGGCAUGAUGGCCAGGAAGAUGAAGGACACGGACAACGAGGAAGAGAUCCGCGAGGCCUUCCGCGUGUUCGACAAGGACGGCAACGGCUUCGUCAGCGCCGCCGAGCUGCGACACGUCAUGACCCGGCUGGGGGAGAAGCUGAGUGACGAGGAGGUGGACGAGAUGAUCCGGGCCGCGGACACGGACGGAGACGGACAGGUGAACUACGAGGAGUUUGUCCGUGUGCUGGUGUCCAAGUGAGGCCGGCGCCCACCAUGCUCCUGGGCGCCCACGCGGCCCACAGGGCAAGAACCCCGGGCCUCCCGCCUCCUCCCCCAUCCCCCUGCCUCUCCUGGGCACUGUGGCUUCCUCCUGCGCCUGGUUGAUUCAGCCCACCUCUCUGCAUCCCGCUUCCCGCAUCUCUUCUCUGCUCUCCUGCCGACCUUCCCACCUGCUCAUCUGAAUGACAUGGAACGCUCCCACUCCAGGCAAACCGUGAAGCCCUCCCCACUCGGGAGAAGCAGAGCUGACCUUAGGACCGAGCACCAGGGCAGGUUGCGCUGACUCUGCGGCCCUCCAGGACGGACACCGGGUGACCCCUUAGGGCACCCAGGCAAGAUCCCUAACAGGCACCCAAUGCCCAGGCCAGGGGGGCUGCAGCCCUCAGCCCCCGCCAGGAUUCCCGGAGGCUCCUGGACUGGAAGCUCCCUCCGCGGUCGGAUUCUGGAGGGUGGGAGGCAUCUUGGCCUGCAGUAAGCGGUGCUGACGGGGACUCUGGCCACAGAGGUCAGGCCUCCUGAAAACGGCACUGCCUUCCACGCUGCCCCAGCUUGCCCCAUUCCUUGUCUGCCAACCCACCGUGAUUCAUCUUCUGAAGCUGGGAGUGAAACUGGGUCAGCUGUAACCUGUUCCUAUUCAUCUGGAAGGAGGGAGGCUUGGAUGAGAGGGGGAUGAGAGCUGCAGGGAAAUAAAUGAGAUAUUCGUCCUUAUUUCAUUUCCUUUUUUUUGGUUUCCAUGGAAAUGAUCCUUGUUAAAUUCAGGGUUGAAACAAGGCAGGAAUCUCGAUUUUUGUGCUUUUUGAAAAUGCAAUGAAUUCCUAUACGGGGGAGCGGGGAAGGUGCCUCAGAGAGAGAGAAGUCUGGAUGAGGGAAAUAUUGAAUAUUCUCAAUCAAAUGGAUACGCUGGCAGCAAAGAGUGGUUAAAAGUCCAUCAGGACUUGCAAGACCUGAGUCCAUUACGUUGAGAAGGGACCUGCUGAUUGCUUUGAUUCCCCCUGGCAAGUGCUCCCUGGUUGUGAAGUGCCAGGCACUAGAGAUGGUGAGGGGCUGGGGGGCAGUUGGGCACACACAGUGUAAGAGCAGUUCAGAGCCGUUAGUCCUGCACUAGCCCUGCAAGCGGCUGGCAACACCUAGAGAAGGUCGAAGGGGCCCUGCCAGAGAUCCCUUCAAUUCUAAAGGGAGUUACGUUUUGCGGGAUGGGCACUAGACGGAGCUC